AAAAUCUUAUGCACCAAGUUGCACUAGAGCAUCACAAAAACAGGAAAAAUACAAAGGCGUAUGUUUGAAAAUAUACACUAAAUAAAUGGGAUCUUGUUCAAGUGUGAAUGGGCUUGCAGAUACAACUGGCAUUGAGAGGCCAGGUAAAGUUAGACUUACUGAUGAGGAAUGGAAAGCGAAAUUGUCCAAACAGGAAUAUAGUGUUUGCAGAAAACAUGGAACUGAGCAGGCAUGGACUGGGGAACUAUUGGAUAAUAAAGCAAAGGGGAUCUAUGUUUGUGCAUGUUGUGGAACAGAACUCUUCAAUUCUUCUACCAAGUUUGAUUCUGGGUCUGGCUGGCCAUCGUUUUUCGAUGUUCUUAAGGAUAAAGACAAGCCAGAAUUAGCUGCAGUUGACUAUAGAACUGAUGAAAGCAGUAGAAUGGUGCGCACUGAAGUGUUGUGUGGAAAGUGUGAUGCUCACCUUGGUCAUGUAUUUAAUGAUGGACCUAAACCAACUGGACUGCGUUAUUGUAUCAACAGUGUUUGUCUCAAGUUUAAACCAGAAUCAGCAAGCAGUAAAAAGAGUGAAUUGUGAUUUUUAUUUAUGAAUUUAUACACACCAUUUCAGUCUUUCUCUUGCUCAGUAACAUAUUUAGAUCAGACUUUUAUUUCUACUCCACUUACCAAUACUUGAAUUUCUUAUUUAGUAAUGAUAUAUUAACCCCUCAUUAACAGGUAAUAUCUUUUGUAGCCAUUGUUUGCCAGUAUGUAAUAUAUGUAUGAUUAUUAUUUAGUAAUUUAUUUGCAGCCUUUAUGUAAUGGUUUCAAAAUAUUUGAUGUGACAAUAACUACAUCAGUCUCACAGCAUUAAACAUUUUG